AUGAGCAAAAUAAAACAAUCCCUCGCCGGAAUCUCAAACUCCGGCAACAACAACAAAAAACUCAUCCUCACCCUUUUCACAUCGGUUCUCAUUAUAACCGCCAUUGUAGCAAUUGUCGCAACAACAACGGCCACCAAAAACUCAAACAAAACCAACAAAAUCACUUCAUCGUCUCUCUCACUCUCUCACCAUUCUCACACCAUUAUCAAAUCCGCUUGCACCACCACACUCUACCCUGAGCUUUGUUUCUCCGCCAUUUCCUCUGAACCAAACAUAACUCACAAAAUCACCAACCACAAAGACGUUAUCUCAGUCUCUCUCAACAUCACAAAAAGAGCAGUCGAACAUAACUUCUUCACCGUGGAGAACCUUCUCAAGCUGAAAAACCUCACCGAAAGAGAGAAAACCGCUCUUCAUGAUUGUUUAGAAACCAUUGAUGAAACACUAGAUGAACUCAAAGAAGCUGAGGAAGAUCUUGUGUUAUAUCCAGCUAAAAAGACAGUCUAUCAACACGCUGAUGAUCUGAAAACUCUCAUAAGCGCCGCCAUUACCAACCAGGUAACUUGCUUGGACGGUUUCUCUCACGACGGUGCUGAUAAGCGAGUGAGGAAGGUUCUAGAAGAAGGACAAGUCCACGUGGAGCAUAUGUGUAGUAAUGCAUUAGCCAUGACGAAGAACAUGACGGAUACAGACAUAGCAGAAUUUGAACAGAAUAACACGGUGUUGAAAAGUGAAAGAAACGGUAGAAAAUUAUUGGAGGAGGAGAAUGGAGUGAAGUGGCCGGAGUGGAUAUCGGCGGGGGAUAGGAGGCUGCUUCAAGGAGGAGCCGUGAAGGCGGAUGUGGUGGUCGCGGCGGAUGGGAGUGGGAACUUUAAGACGGUGUCGGAGGCGGUGGCGGCUGCUCCUUUGAAAAGUAGUAAGAGAUAUGUUAUAAAGAUAAAAAGUGGGGUGUAUAAAGAAAACGUGGAGGUGCCAAAGAAGAAGAUAAAUAUAAUGUUUUUGGGAGAUGGUAAAACUACUACUAUUAUUAGUGGUGACAGAAAUGUUGUUGAUGGAAGCACUACUUUUCACUCUGCUACUGUCGCCAUAGUAGGAGCAAAUUUUCUAGCAAGAGACAUAACAUUCCAAAACACAGCCGGUCCAGCAAAGCACCAAGCAGUGGCCCUAAGAGUUGGUGCAGACCUCUCAGCCUUCUACAACUGCGACAUCAUAGCAUACCAAGACACACUCUAUGUCCACAACAACAGACAAUUCUUCGUCAACUGUUUCAUCUCCGGAACGGUCGACUUCAUCUUCGGCAACGCGGCGGUCGUCUUCCAAAACUGCGACAUUCAUGCAAGACGUCCAAACUCAGGACAGAAAAACAUGGUGACUGCACAAGGAAGGGUUGAUCCCAACCAAAACACUGGAAUAGUGAUACAAAAAUGUAGGAUAGGUGCAACUAAAGAUUUGGAGGGUGUGAAGAGUAGUUUUCCUACUUAUCUUGGAAGGCCUUGGAAGGAGUAUUCAAGAACAGUGAUUAUGCAAAGUGUUAUUGGUGAUGUUAUUGAACCUGUUGGAUGGCAUGAAUGGAAUGGGAAUUUUGCUUUGGAUACUUUGGUUUAUAGGGAAUAUUUGAAUACUGGUCCUGGUUCUGGGACUUCUAAGAGGGUCACAUGGAAAGGGUUUAAGGUUAUUAGUAAUGUUGCUGAGGCACAAAGUUUUACUGCUGGGAAUUUUAUUGGUGGGUCUAGUUGGUUGGGCUCAACUGGAUUUCCUUUCUCUCUUGGGCUUUAA